AUGCGAGGUGUCGUUGCCCUCCUUGCUGCUCCCCAGCUAGUUGUGUGCAGUCAGCCCUCGUUCCUGUUCCUGCUCGCAGACGACAUCGGCUGGGCCGACUUCGGCUACAACAACGGCACUGCGCUGACACCAAACAUCGACGGUUGGGGCAAGCGUGCUGGCUCCAUCAUCAUGCAAGAUGGGCACAGCGGUGGCACGGUGUGCUCCCCAACGCGCGCCACGAUUCUGACGGGACGCAACCAUUUUCGUGAUUGCGUAGACUUCGUCUUCGACUGUAGUGACAUGACCGAGUGCGCGCCCACGAUGCCUUUUGCUCAGCAGAGAACCUUCACUUUCCCCGACGCGGCGCGGAAGUCAAAGAAGGGCUAUGAGUCAUGGUUCGGUGGAAAAUGGCAUCUGGGCUCCUUCUACAACGACAGUAAGGUGCCCAGCGGACCGCUGUUUCAUGGCUUCGACCGCAUGAAUGCCACAGUGGAGGUGGCUCCCACAGCCACGGCGAACUGUGGCUGCAACGGCGAGUGGGAGCAGACGUGCAACUUUGGCCACUACGGGGGGCACAACCACUGCGCUGGCGGCCCAGGACCAGGCGGCCCCAGCGUGCCCAACGGCUGCUGCUUCAACUACUGGUGGGAGGAUCCCGAGUCGCCCCACGGCGUCACAAAUCUCACGAACCCCUCCUACGACGACGACUCCCAGUACCUGGCCGAGGCUUUCGAGGUCUUCCUGGACGCCCGCGAGGGCAGGCCGUUCGCCGCGCAGCUCUCUUUCCACAACUGCCACAUCCCCUUCAUCGGCACGGCGGCCGCGCGCCAGAAGUGCAGAGAGGGCCAGACGUGCAAGGCCACGAACGGCCGUGGGGAUGCUCCCGGCAACUUCACCGACUACGAGCUCGACUUCUACGCCUGCCUGAGCGAGCUGGACGCCUCAGUGGGUCGUGUGCUCCGGGCCCUGGAGGACCGCGGCUACUAUGAGAACACCUUUGUGUGGUUCACCACGGACAAUGGGCCCGAGGUGAACUGCCCGCCCGAGGGCUACUGCGAGGACAGCCACUAUGCCAGAGCUCCUGGUGAUGCCGGCCCGCUUCGCGGCCGCAAGCGCGACAUUUGGGAGGGUGGCCACCGUGUGCCUACCAUCGUGUCCUGGCCGGCGAUGCAGCGCGGUCCUGCCAGGGUGUCCUGGGAGACCGUGGUGACCAUGGAUUUCCUUGCGACGGUCAUGGACGUGCUGAACGUGGAGCGGCCCGAGAGCCAGUCAUCCUGGGCCCUUGACGGCAAGAGCAUCGUGCCCAUCCUGAAGGGGGAAACUUGGCCAGAUCGAGGCAUUGGCUGGGUCUUCGACAAUUGGUCCUCGAGCAGCCCCCACGGCUUCCGCUACGGCAAGUGGAAAUUUGUGCACGACUCUACAAGCUGCAAUAACGACGAUUGCAGGAAAGACAUGCUGUUUGACUUGGAGGCUGACCUUAGCGAGUCCACGGACCUGAGCGACGUUCACCCCCACGUGCUGGCUGCCAUCCAGGCAAAUUUUACCUCUUGGUUUGACUCGGUGUCCAAAUCCCGAAGCGAUGAGUCUCUCUGUGACCCGACGCCCGCACCAUCACCCGCUCCACCUAGCGACGCUUGCGAGUGGCAUUCUGAUACAGGCCUGCAAGGCUCGGACAUGGAGACUGUGAUAGUCAAGAGCAAGGAGGCGUGCUGUGGUCUCUGCCACGCAACCCCAGGCUGCGCAGCUGCCGACUUUGACAGCGUCUCUAAGGUUCGUCUGGGUCCUCCCAGCCGCAAGGGCGUGUUCCUGGAGACCCUCGAGGAAGACUCACAUCCGCUGGCAGGCUACAGGUGCCAUUUGAAGACGAGCUUCCGCCUCAGAGAGCGCAGGGAUGGCUCCAUUGCAUGUGUGCCGCAGAGCUACGCCUUGACGGUGUGA